CUUGACUCGCAAACAGGAAUGGGGCCGACGCGACCGUGGCCGUUGGAUGGGAACGGGUCCGUGAGCUCUCCCGUCGUUCGAUGGAUGUGGAGCACGUGCACCGGGUGCGUACGUGGCGCGCGGAAUGGUGCGUCCUUGGUGUGGCGGCGUCUCGAGCGGCGUCCACGCGUGCUGCGGUUUCUCCUCGCGGUCGUGGUGUUGGUCGGGGUCGGCGUCGCCAUGUGGCUCCUCACGCCCGACGUGCCUGUCCCCAAGUACAGCGACAAGGACACAACGAUGCACAAAGUCCCCAACUUCCAGGAGGACCGCAUCUCAACCCUGUGGACAGACGACUCGUACGAGUGCCUCGGGUGGCAAGAGACCGACUCGUGCGAACCCGACGACACGGUCAGUCGUCGGCCGCUCGUCACGAAAACGUGCGACGACACAAUCGAGCAGCGCCGCGCCGGGUUUUGCCAAGUCCGGAACAAGACGUCCGGCGCGAUUCUCCGCGUCAUGGUCACGUCGUGCCACUCGAUGCAGCACCGCGAGUACAAGUGCGCGAUGGCGCGCAACUUUUCCGAGUUUUCCGUGUUGGCGGCGUCGUACCAGCACAUGCCACUGGCGACGUCUCUGUCGCUUCCCGAAGCGCAGCAGCAUCCCCCGACUCGCGCCAUCCUCAUGAUCGUGUACGACAAGGUCCUUCCAAGCGCAUACGCUGCGAUUCGCGUCAUCCGCGAUCAUGGUUGCACGCUCCCCGUUGAGAUGUGGUACCGGCCGGACGAGAUGCAGAUCGACGACAACGCGCUCAUCCAGCACUUGAUUCGAGAUUUCAACGUCCACAUGCGCGAGAUCUUCGACCCCCGCGCCAUCGGGUUCCACACCAAGCCGUACGCCGUCUUCUAUUCCCACUACGACAACGUGCUGCUCCUGGAUGCGGACAACGUGCCGGUGCGGGACCCGACCUACCUAUUCGACGAUCCAGCGUUUGUCGAGUCCGGGGCGCUCUUUUGGCCCGACUACUGGCAGCCACCCAACUCGCUGUUUGACGUGACGAGCCACAGCUUGCUCUGGCAGCUCCUCGACAUGGAAUUCGUGUCCGAGUUUGAGCAAGAGAGCGGCCAGGUCCUCAUCAAUCGGCGCCGGUCGCACGCUGCGCUCAACAUGCUCAUGUACUAUUCCACGAACCGCCCCAAGCUCCUCGACAAUCUGAAGCUCGUGUGGGGGGACAAGGACUUGUUUCGACUCGCGUGGCGCAACACGUCCACUUUGUAUCACAUGAUGACUCGGCCUCCCGCGAUCGGCGGCAUCUACAGUUAUACGAAGCGCAUCUUCUGCGGGCUCGCCAUGAUCCAGUACGACCCGACCGGCCAAAUUAUCUUUUUCCACCGCAACAGCAUCAAGCUGGACGGGUCCAUGAACCAGCCGCUCGCCAUCACACACAUCCAACAGUACCGCGGCGACCCGACCGACUAUCGCGUCGGUCAAAUCAUUGCCGAGCUCGACCAGGAGAGCUGCUACUACAUUCGGUCCAACCAAACGCUGUCGUCCGGCGCGUCGCCGACGUACGUGACCCCCAUCGAGUUUACCGCGUAUGACAAGGUCGAACCCGCGGCCAUCGCGUACUCGGUGGAAGGCCGUCGAAUUGUCGAGAUGUCGGGGGGCGGCGCCGCGUCGUGGCGGCGAUGGCUCGAAGGCACGGGGUAUGCUGGUCUGUGCAUGGGAGGGGUGUACUUGGGCUUGCGGUGGUGGCGGCAGCACGAAGCCAAGCACUACCUUGGAUCGAACCGAUGGAAGUCGUACUAAGUGGUUUCAGUCAAUACAAAAAUCUCACGCGAUAUGGCGUUGUCUGGGAC